AUGGCGUACCAGCAACAGCCGGACCCACAGAAGAACCGCGUGUAUCAGUGGCGAGAGGUGGAGCUAAAUGGGGGCCUCACCCAGCUCUCCUUCCCCCUCACCUCCGAGCCCAUCCAAGGCACCUACAACGUGGUGGUGCAGAAGGAGUCGGGGACCAAUCUCGAACACUCCUUUACUGUGGAGGAAUAUGUGCUGCCCAAGUACGAGGUGUCGGUGAAGCUGCCCAAGAAAAUCACCAUCCAGGAUGAGGAGCUGAAAGUGGCUGUCUGUGGUCUAUACACCUAUGGGACCCCUGUCCCUGGCCUGGUGAAUGUCCGUGUGUGCCGGAGAUUCUCCCAGUCCAGGUCACGCUGCUAUGGAAGAGAGGCCGAGUCUGUGUGUGAGGAAUUCACCAGACAGGCGGACGUUCGAGGCUGUGUCUCCAAUGUGGUGAAGACUAAAAUAUUCCAGCUCAAGCGAAAGAGUUAUGAUAUGAAAAUUGAGGUGCAAGGCAAGAUCACGGAAGAGGGUACAGGGGUGGAGUUAACUGGGACAGGGUCCAGUGAGAUCACAGGCACCAUGAGCAAAAUCAGCUUUGAGCAGGUGGACUCUCAUUACAUACCAGGGAUCCCCUUCUCCGGGCAGGUGAAGCUGGUGGAUGGGACCGAUGCUCCAAUCGCCAAUGAAACAAUCCGGAUUUCCAUAGGGAGAAACAAAUACAAAGCCAACUACACAACGAAUGAAGAGGGCCGAGUCUGGUUUUCCAUAGACACUGUCAACUUCACAGACACCUCCAUUCAAAUCACCGCAAACCAUAAAUCUGAACUGAACUGUUACGACAGAGACUGGGUCACCCCUGAGUAUGGUAACGCCGUUCACACAGCAACACACUUUUACUCUCCGAGUAAGAGCUUUCUCAAAAUCGAGCCCUUGUCUCAGACUUUAAGCUGCGGCUCCAAUGAGAUGGUCCGGGUGCACUACAUCCUGAAGCCAGAGGCCGUGGGGGAGCAGAAGGAAAUCGUCUUUUACUAUGUGGUGAUGGCCAAGGGAGGCAUCGUGAGGGCAGGCACCGAGGUGCAUCCCGUGGGGGAUGGAGAACUUAUCCAAGUAUUUGAGCUGAGCCUCCCCGUGGGGCCUGAUAUCGCCCCCCUGGCCCGGGUACUCGUAUACACCACUUUACCCAGUGGGGACGUUAUCGCCAAUUCCGAAGAUUUCAAGAUUGAAAACUGCUUUGCCAAUAAGGUCGACUUGCAUUUCUCACCGGCCGAGGGCCUCCCCGCCUCCGGCACUCACCUCCGGAUCGGAGCCUCCCCGGGCUCCCUGUGCGCCGUCCGUGCUGUGGACAAGAGCGUCCUCCUCAUGAAGCCUGAAGCCGAGCUGUCGCCCAGCUCUGUGUAUGAUUUGCUCCCGGUAAAGGAGAUCAGGGGUUAUAAUUACCGGGAGCAUCAUUUGGAGGAAGAAGACGAUAAUCCUUGUGUGGAACUCAACAACGUCAUUAUAAACGGAUUCAUCUACAGACCCAUUUCUCCUGACGGUGAAGGGGACGCCUACAACGUUCUCAAGGCGAUGGGUUUAAAAGUCUUCACAAGCACCAAGGUCCAGAAGCCCAGACUCUGCAUGGAGAGAAUGUACAGUAGAACAUAUGUACCUCCCGUGGCUGCUGGACUGAUGGAUUUCUCCCAUUUCGAGCACAUCCCCGAUCAUUUGUAUCCCAUCAUCGCUCAUGGCCCAGUGGAGACCAUCCGGAAGUAUUUCCCUGAGACGUGGAUUUGGGAUUUAGUUCCAGUGAAGUCUGUCGGAAGUGCUGAUUUAGCCUUCCAGCCCUUUUUCGUGGAGCUCACCCUGCCCUACUCUGUGGUGCGCGGCGAGGCCUUCACACUAAGGGCCACUGUCUUCAACUACCUGACCCGCUGCAUCAGGGUCAGCAUCUCACUGGCUCCAUCUGAUGACUUCCGGGCUACCCCUGUGGAGAAGGAAGAAGAAUCUUAUUGUCUGUGUGUGAACGGACGGAAAACAAUGUCUUGGGCUGUGACCCCAAAAUCUCUGGGUAAUGUGGAUUUCUCAGUGAGCGCUGAGGCCCUGAAGACAGAUCUGCCCUGCGGGAACGAGGUAGUGGAGACCCUGGACAAAGGGCGGAAGGACACAGUGAUCAAACAGCUGUUAGUGGAGGGAAGCCAUAAUGACUUAAUAUGA